AUGGGAAAGUAAUAUAGUGAAGCAAUAAUAUCGUGGCAUUAUAUUUAAUAUGAAAUUGGAACAUUAAAUAAUGAUGGUUAGCCAUUAUUUACAGUGUUUUUUGCAUUUUUAAAUUUGAAACAAUAAUGGAAAUGGAGUAAAGAAAUUCAUCAUUUUACAAAUAGUAGAUUUUACAUUUUGAUUGGAGGUGAUGAUUUUGUUUCUAAUUUAUUUUCUGGAUUUUUAAGUGAUUGGAGUUUCUCAUUAUAUUGUGAUUAAAGAGAUGUUUAAUUUAAAAUAAAAUGUCACUAUUCUUGUAGAACUUGUAAUGGUAUAUUGUCUUCGAGUUGUUUAAGUUGUAAUAAUGAUAGUCAUAGAUUAUAUUCAAAAGAAUAAUAGAGAUGUUAAUGUGCUUAUGGCUACAUAGAAGAAAUAAAUGAAGAAGAUUGUUUAAGUAAUUUAAUCUAAUAAAUUAAGCAUUGGAAGAUUAUAUGGGAAACUUAGUAGUAGAUGAAUAUGAAAGAANUAGGAAUCAUAAUCUUAAAAUAUCGAAUAUCAAUUUGAUACUUAGAAUUUUGAGGGUGAAUGGCAUCUAUUAUAUUAUUAUGUUGAUACAACAACUUAAUAAAUAAAAAUUUAUGUUUUAAAUUAUAGGACAAAAGAUUUAUUUUCUUAAUAAAUAAGUGGAUUAAUUAACUAUGGAAAUAGAAUAUUCUAAAGAAAUUUUGGUGUCUUUUAGAUUUCGUAAGGAUCUGAAAUAGUUAAAUUAAAAUAUUUUACGGGAAACUUAGGAAUUGUUUUUGUUACCUUUUUUCAGAAUAUAUUUGAUAAUUUUGAUUAAUUUUAUUUAGAAUGUCCAAUUUACUAUUCUUGCACUUCACAGAUAACUAAUCUAGUGAAAUAUAAUUAAGAAUUAAAAAAGAAUCAAAUUAUUUAAAAGUCAGUAGCAAAUUCAAUAAAAAAAUCAGGAUAUGUAAUAUAAGGAUGGGUAAAAUUAAAUAAAAUUGAAUCAAUUUAAUAAUUAGAUACAGUACUGUUAAGAGUAACAACUCGUUUAUAAUAUUUUAAUGAUAAACUAUAUGGAGAUAGAUUGUUAUAUAUAGUAUAUCACUAAAACAUAAUUUAAGAUGAGAAUGGUUUAACAAUAUCGACAAAUAGUUAUAGUUUUCCAAUAGUAGAAGAAUCAUAUAAGAGUGAUGUAUUAGAUAAGAUUACUAUUAUGGGAAAGUAAUAUAGUGAAGCAAUAAUAUCGUGGCAUUAUAUUUAAUAUGAAAUUGGAACAUUAAAUAAUGAUGGUUAGCCAUUAUUUACAGUGUUUUUUGCAUUUUUAAAUUUGAAACAAUAAUGGAAAUGGAGUAAAGAAAUUCAUCAUUUUACAAAUAGUAGAUUUUACAUUUUGAUUGGAGGUGAUGAUUUUGUUUCUAAUUUAUUUUCUGGAUUUUUAAGUGAUUGGAGUUUCUCAUUAUAUUGUGAUUAAAGAGAUGUUUAAUUUAAAAUAAAAUGUCACUAUUCUUGUAGAACUUGUAAUGGUAUAUUGUCUUCGAGUUGUUUAAGUUGUAAUAAUGAUAGUCAUAGAUUAUAUUCAAAAGAAUAAUAGAGAUGUUAAUGUGCUUAUGGCUACAUAGAAGAAAUAAAUGAAGAAGAUUGUUUAAGUAAUUUAAUCUAAUAAAUUAAGCAUUGGAAGAUUAUAUGGGAAACUUAGUAGUAGAUGAAUAUGAAAGAAAAUGUGAUAAACCUGGAUAUUUUACAUGUAGUGAAGAUUAUAUAAUGUGUGAUUAUGGAUAUUUUUAAAUAGGCAAUGAAUGUCUAAAAUGUCCAAGAUUUAAUAUAGAAUAAUUAGAUGAAUCUAUUGAAUGUGGUGAUUGUCUAAUUAAUCCUGAAUAAUUUUCAACUAAAUUAUUAUGUACUUAUGAUUUUAAAGUUAAUGAUUGGCAAAAAAAAUUUGCUUAUUAAGAGAUAAGUAGAGAAGCUCAAUUUUAAGAAUCUUUUACAAUAGUUUUUGAUGAGUUAGGCAAAAGAUAACUUAAAUUAAUAGAAGGAUAAUUUGAGUAUGGUUGUAAAUAUGGAUUUUACAAAGAUUUUGAUGGAAUAUGUAAAAAGUGUUUAGAAGGAUGUUUAGCUUGUGUGAUGGGUUCUACUUGUCAUUAUUGUUACAUCGGUUAUACAUUGAGAUAAGAUGGAAAUUGUUAGAAAUGCUAAAAAUGUCAUAAUUGCAUAUUAGAAAAUAAUCAAGAAAUAUGUUAAUUUCAAGAGGAUUGUUUGAGUAAUUAAUAUUGGUUAAAUAACUAAUGUUAUGAUUGUGGCUAAUAUUGUUCAAAAUGUAUUUAUUAACAAUGUCUUUAUUGUAUAAAUAAUUAGUAAUACUUUAUCACUUUUGAUAAAGAAAAUUGUGCUAUUUGUAAUAUCAAGAAUUGUAAAUAUUGUUUCUAAUAUUAUGAAGUAGCUGAUAAAAUAUAUACUACUUUAGAUUUUAUACCUUUCUUAGAAAAUAUUCAAUCUUAAUUUCUUAAAAUUGGAUGUGCAGAAUGUGAAAUUAAUAUGUUUUUUAACUUUCAAACUAAUAAAUGUGAAGAAAAACCAAAAGAUUAAAUUUAAUGCUCUUUUGGUAUUAUUACUUAUAAUUCAGGAAAAGCUAUCUGUAUUAAAAGUUUAUAUCCUCUUAUUGGAAUAUAAUAAACAUUAUGUAAUUCAAUAUUAUAUUGUGAAUAAUGCAUUGUAAAUUAUGUAAAUACUGAUGGCUUUUGUAUUAAAUGUAGCGAUGGGUAUUAUUCAUCUAUUACUACAGGAUAAUGUAAAUAAUGUCCAACUACUUGUAAGACAUGUUAAUAGCAAAACAAAAAUUAUUAAGAUUUUUGGAAAUGGGAUAUUAAAGCAUUUUAUAAAUACUUUGUUAAUUCUAAAAAUGAUCAUUAUUUUGAAUAAUAUGGUUUAAAUUACAAUACAAACAAUUUUGAGAUUGUUUGUACUAGUUGCUUUUCUGAUAGUUUUUUAUAUUAAAGUUCAUGCUAUUAAAAUUGUGGAUCAGAUUGUAAUAAUUGUUAAAUAAUCACUACUUCUUCUUCUUAUUCAUCAAAAUGUUUUUAAUGCAAUUCUGCACUUUAUAAUUAAUAAAAAAGUAUUAAUAAAAUAGACUUAAAUAUUUGUCAAGAGUGUAUUGUAUUUUGCAAAGCCUGUCUACCUAGAUAAUUAUCAUAAAUAUAACUAUUAAAUCCUUUUAUUACUUAAACUAAUAAAUACACUAAUUAAUGUUAUAGUUUUGAUCAAGAAGUCAAAUAAUCUAAUGAAGAUAUAUAAUACAAUAUAAAAUAUUAGGAUAAAAUUAAUUUCCAUCCUUUAUUCAAAACUCCAUAUAAAUGUCACAUAUUUGAUAAAUGCAUUAAAACUUUGACUUUCAAUUAAUUUUUAUAUUGUGAUUCAAAUUAUAGAUUUUUAGAAUUCGAUUAAGAAUAAAGAUAUAAUUAUAAAAAUUAACAUGUCACAUAUUAUGAAUUUGCUUAUUAUGGAAUCCUAAUUGAUGAUUAUAUCUAUACUUUUCUAAAUGAAUAAUCAAUUAUGGAAAUUGAUUUUUAAAAUUUAAUUAAGACACAUCCAAAAUAUACUGGUCAAUGCAUUCAAUGGGAGUUAUAACCUAUUAGAAUUAUAAACACAUUUCCUUCAUAAAUAUUUACUGCUAAAACUGUUAGAUUUAAAUUGAUUGGAGAAUAAUUUACUAAUUUACUAACUUCAGCAAUCUUUAGUAUAAUUAACUUCGAUGAAAUUCUUUUAUAAAAUAUCGGUCUUUUUGUAAGAGAAACAUUAAGUCAUUAAUAAAUAUCUAAAUCUAAUAUCAUAUGUUAAUUUAUAAUGAUCAACUCAUAUAAUCCUAUCACUUUUAAACUAAUUGAUGCAAAAGUAUUUAAUUCAAAUACUUAUAAAUACAUUUCCUUAUCAAUUUAGAGCAAUAACUCUCUCAAUACAUUAUUUGAAAAUAUUACAUUUGAAAAUUUAAAUUUGACUAAUUCAAAAUUAAUAGAUUUUCAAUCUUUAUAAAACACAAAAAAUCCUCAAUUUAAUGCAAGAAACUUAAUUUUUAUCAAUUCUAAUUUCACUCAAUCAAGUUUCUUCUAUUUUUAAUCAUUAUUAUUUAGUUCUGAUUAAAAAAUAUUAAUUAGUAAUUUUUCUGCAUAUAAUAUUACUUUGAGAGCUGGCUCAUAAUUAAUUAAUACUUCAUUUUUACUUUAAUAUCAUAUAGGAAAUAUAUUGCUUGAAAAUAUUUAUUUAGAAAAUAUGACCUUAAUGAAUGCAUCUUCAAUUUUAAAUUUAAUGGGUGUUGGCUCAUGUUCAAUAAUAAAUUUAACUUUAAAAAAUAUUAUAUUUUUUGAUACAUCCUCAUUUUUAUAAUCUAACAUUAUUAAUAUAGAAAAUCUAUUGGCUAUUGAUAUUUUCAUAUAUUCUGGUUAUUUUAUCACUAAUAAGGGCUUGUCAUCAAAAACAUCUUAAUCAUUAAAAAAUGCAGAAUCUAUUAGGAUUAAAAAUGCAACCUUUAUUGAAAACUUCUAUUAUAAUUCCUAAUGUUUUAUUGCUAUAUUUAAAAAUGAUCUUUUAAAUAAUUCAAUUUUAAUAGAAGAUAUAAAAUUAAAAAAUAACUAAUUUUACAAUAUAUAAUAAGGAAUUAAUUAAAUAAAAUCUUUAAAUAAUGAUUAAGCAUUAAUAUAUUUAGAAUGUGAUAUUUGUAUUUUGAAUAAAGUAGAAAUAUUCAGAGGUAUUGGAUAUCCAGAAAUUUCUAUUUUUAAAAGUAAAUUUCUCAAACUCUCCAAUAUAAUUAUUUAAUAAAACCCAUAAUUUAUUACAAAGACUCUACACUCAUCUUAUAAAUGCAUAGUGAAUUUUUUAUUUCUUGAUUUACAUUUUGUUUUUUAUAUAGGUUCUUUUCGUUAAGUUGAAAUGGAUAAUGUGGUUAUUUCAAAAUCUGUAAUUUUUGAUAACCCAUUUUUUCUAUUUGCUAAUUUAAAUUAGAUAAAUGAGUAGGCAGAAAAUAGUAUAAUAAUAAAAAAUUCUUAGUUUUUUGAAAAUAUGUUAAUAAUUUCACAAUAAAAUAGAUUUACCUCAAUAAUUGCUAUAAAUACAGAAUAAAUAAUCAAUAUAAGUAUUAUUAAUACAACCUUUACUUAAAACUUUUUGAAUGAGUACUUUUAAGAUUAAUCAUUAUAUUCUUCUUCUACUUUAAUUAUUAAUGCCUAAUCAGGUAAUGUAUCAAUAUCUAAUUGCCAUUUCAAUUAGAAUAUCGCUUCUAAUUCUACUGAUUCAAAUUUAUUCAUAAAAACUAAGCAUCUUAUUAUUUAUAAUUGUGGUUUUAGAAAAUAAAAUUAAAUGAAUCCUGCUAUUUUGUAGAAAUACUUGUUUGUUUCUAAAAUAGAUACAGAGGUUUCUAAUUUAAUGCUAAAUUUUUAAAUAUUAUCAUCUGGAGGAAAUGCAUAUUUUAUAAUUAAUUCUAUGAUAAUUGAUAAAGUUAUAGUAGAAUAAUCAUUGGCUCUGAAUGGAGGAGCUUUCUUUAUAAUUACUUCUUAAGAAGGAUUUAUAAAUAUAAAUAAUUCUAAAUUUAUAAAUACUUCUACUACUUUAUACGGAUAUUAGUUAUCUGUUGGUGGAUGCUUAUAUAUUGACUCUUCAAAAAGUCGUAUUAGACUUCUUAUUGAGAAUUCUGAAUUUUAUAAAACAACUUCGAGAACUUAGGCUGGACUUUUGUAUAUAGCACCCUCUUUUUUCUAAAAUGAAAUUAUUUUAAAUUAAUUAACAAUCUAGGAAUCAUUUUCAAUCUAAAACUCAAUAUUUACAUUUUCUCCUAGUAGAUAAUCUUCUAUUUAUUCAAACUUUUAAAUUAAAAAUUCAAAACUUAUCAAUACUGAAAAUGCAUUCAAUGAAUAUUUAUCUUAACUUUAAGACAUAUCUUAACAAGAUAUUAAACCAUUUUAAAGAGAAAAUCCUACUAUGUAUGUUUAAUAUUGCAAUUUUACAAUGUUUAACUGUACAUUUACAAACUUUCACAUUGCUAACAUUUUAGAGAUAUUAAAUGGUUACAUUGUAAAUUUGAAUUAAAUAAUUAUAGCUAACAGUACUUAUUAUGUUUCUCCUAUUAUCAGAGUUUCUUUAAGAGAAGGUAUUAUUGAAAUUAUAUUUAUAGGUUUUAUAGGGUAGAUCUUAAUUUCAGAAUUAAAAAUUUAAUAGUUGUAAUAAUAUAAAACUUAAUUUGGAGAAUGCGAAGAAAUAGAAGUUAUUUAAACAAAAGAUCUUUCUUGUUUUAAUGAAUAUUAGGAUAUUGUAUAAGAUCCUAUUGUAGAAACAACUAAAAUGAAUUUAAGUAAUUAAUUAAUCUGUAAUAAAAAUUCGAUUUUCUAAAAUAUUAAUUAUAACAUAAGUUUAAUAGAGAUUAAAAAUAUUAAUAAUUAACAAGAAUUGAUAAUAAUGGAUACAAUUAUACAAAAUAAUGAAUGUUCAAACUGUUAUUUUGGAGUAAUGAGUAUAUCAGAUGUGAAUGUAAAUUCAACAAAUUUAAAAAUAAAUAAUAUAAGCUUAAUCAAUAACUAAUGUGGAGUUAUUGGUUGCAUAUCUUUUUUACAAAAUUUGAAUUUUAACUUCAAAUAAAUUUAAUAGAAUCGUAUUUUGGAGAUUUCCUCAGAAAGAAUGUAAUAUAUAUAGAACAAAGAGAUCUAAUUAAAAAUAAAAAAUAGUUAAUUUAUCAAUAAUAUUGCAGAUUAUGGUGGUGCAUUAUUAGUCAACGAUUUAACUAUAUUAAUUGAAUAAUGCUUAUUUUAAUUAAAUUAUGGUAGGUAGAUUGGAGGUGCAAUCUAUUAUUUUGCAUCAUCAUCAUAAAAUAAUAUAUUAAUUCUAGAUAGUUAAAUUAUAUAGAAUAAAGCUUAAAUUGGAGGUGGUUUAUAUCAAAAUGCAGAGAACAUCUAAUAAUUUCAAAAAGGAAAUGUCUAUAUAAAUGAGAAUUAAGGUAAUAAAUUUGCAGAUAAUCUUGCAAUUUUACCAGUUUAUCUCCAUCUUUCAUUGGAUGGAAUAAACUUUUUAAAUAACAAAUAAUUAUUUAAGAAUAAAACUACGUUAAUUGAUGAAGUAGAUGUUAAAUCAUACUAUUAUUUAGGAUCAACAGAAAAGACAGAUUAAAUAUUAUUACCUUCUGGUCUUUAAAUUUAUGACUAUUAGUAUUUUGAUCCUUAGAGUAAUUCUUAUAUAAAUUAUAAUUAUUCCUUUAGACUCAUUCCAUUAAAUUCUUAAUUUGAAUAAAUGAAAAAUUUAAAUGGUACAAAAUGUACAAUAAAUCCUUCAAUAGUAAAUAGAUCUAAUACUCAAUAAAAAAUUAAAUAGAUUACAGAGAAUAUUUCUGAGUAAUUUCUAUCAUACACUAAUGUCUAUUUUAAUGAUUUAACACAUGAUUACAAUUUAGAUAAUCUUACAGUAUAUUUUAAUCCGUUUGAAUAAUAAAAUUAUUCCCUUUAGUUGGCUUUUAUCUGUAAUACAAUCAAAGUACCCAUAUAUAAUUAAGAUCCUCCUUACGAAUUAAAUUAUACUUUAGAGAAUUAUAUAUUAUUAUUACAUUUACGAACUUUCAAGUGUCAAUUAGGUGAAUACUUAAAUAUGAGUUCAGGUGGUUGUGUCUAAUGUGAUAUCACUUAAAACUAAUACUCAGUUUAAUAAAAUGCUCAAGCUUGUUAAUUAAAGGAUGAAUUAAAAAUUAAAUCAAUUAAACCAGCAAUGAUUGAAUUACGAUCAGGAUAUUGGAGAGCAUAUUAUGAUAGUAAUGUUAUUGAACUAUGUUAUCAUUAAUAAUAAAAUUGUUAAGGAGGAUGGUUUACUGGAAAUCAAUCUUGUGAAAUAGGACAUAUUGGUGCUUUAUGCGAAUAAUGUGAUUUGUAUAAUAUUAGAGGUUAAGGCUAUUUCUCUGUAGGCUAAGCUUACAGUUGUAGCAGUUGUGAAGAAGUGGCAAGAAAUAUUAUAAAUAUAAUUUUAGUUAUAUUAUGGACCUUAUUAUCACUUUUUAUUUCAGUUAGCAGUACAAUUUAAAUGAUUGAAGAAUUUAUAUUUUAAUUAAAACUUAAAUCAUUGCGUAAUUAUUUUAUUACGUAACCUACAUCAACAUCUGUUUUAUUAAAGGUUUUUACAAACUAUUUAUAAAUUAUUAGUUCAAUCACUUCAUUUUAAUUAUCAAUACCUUUAGGAAUUAGUUUAUUAGUUAUUGGUGUAGGAAAUCCUAUGGAUUCAAUGGCUUUUUCUUUGGAUUGUUUUUUAACUGAUUCAAAUUAAAAAGUGCCUAUUAUCUAUUUUAGAAUAAUAUUCAGUCUUCUGACUAUAGGAGUUUACAUUUUGUUUUUUUUUUCUAUUUAUUUAUUACUUUUAUAUAUAAAGAAAAGUAAGUUUUAAAUAACAUUUAUAACAACCACAUUUAUUUAUAUUUACAUUUAUUUAUUUCCUAACAUAAUUAGUGGAUUAAUAGGAUUGCUAUCAUAUAGAAAAAUCUCUGAUGAAUUAUGGAUAUCAGGAAAUGUCUCAUAUUUAUAUAACACAAAAUAACAUACUAUUUGGUUGUUAAGUUUUAUAAUUCCAAGUUUUUUGAUUUUAGGAUUGAUUAUUCCAUUUUUUUUUUGGUUUGUUGUAUAUUACAAUAGAAAAUAAUUAAAUUAAACAAAAGUAAGAAAAAUGUGGGGUUAUUUAUAUAAUGAAUAUAAACUAUAAACUUAUUACUGGGAAACUUUGAAAAUUUUUUAAAAAGAAUUAAUUAUAUUAGUAUUAUAAUAUUAUGCUGAUUAUGUUGCUGUUAAAGCCUCACUAGUAUUUUUAAUCUUAUAUAUUUACAGUAAUUUGAGUACUAAAUAUAGACCUUAUCAAUCUGCACUUUUAAAUAAAAUUGAUUUUCUUUCAACAUCUAUUUGUUCUAUAUCUAUAGUUUUAGCAUCUUCAAUCUAUACAGCAUAAUCUUUUGAUAUUAUGGAAGUAGUUUUUCCAUUUUAUACAAUUUUAGCAGGAUUAAAUUUUAUUUUUGUUGCAACAAUGUUAUAAAAACUGAUUUAUGCAUAUUUUGAUAAAAUGGAGAAAACUAUUGAGAACAUUAAAGCAUUAAUAUAUUUAAAAUUUCCAAAAAUUAUUAAUAAUAAUAAAACACUGAAAAGAAUAUUCGUUUAAAAUUCAAUAAAAAAGAAACUGAUUAAAUAGCGAUUUAAGAUGAUUAGAGAAUAUUUGAUAACUUAAGCCUAAUAAAUCAUUGAUUUUAAAUCGUAUUUAUUAUAAUAAAAUUAGUUCAAUUACAUAAGAGAUAGCCCCAAAGUCAACAACAAGAAAAGAUGAAUAGACAACGAUUACUGAACCAUUAUCAAGUACAAAUAGGCAUACCAUUAGACUAUUAUAAAGAUAGAAUAAGUAAUUUUCAAAAUAGCCCAGCAUUUAUAGUGUAAGAGCAAUUAUUGAAAGUAAAUAAGAAUGA